AUGCAUCGAACGCCGCAGAGUUUUUCUACUGGAGCCCUUCCAGGGAUCUCAAAGAAGGGUCCCUUCCGCAAGGAUGGCCUUCACCAGUCCGGGAACUGGGUGAUUGCACAUAAAGGUCAUGGUAUUUCUCCUGGCUCCACGCGAGGUUCUUGGCAAGUUCCUUCCUCACCGACCGAGGCCAUGAUCGCUUCAUGGCCUCGCUGGGCCAUCCCAGGCUUCCUGGAGCAAAUUCCUCCCCGUUUGGAGGGCUGCCGGCAGCGGUUGCUGGCCGCAGAGAUCGAGCUUCGUCGGGCGGAGAAAGCAGGUGGCUUGGAGGUCGGGAAUGCCUCGACCCCGCAAGAAGAGGCCGAGACGAAGUCUGUAGUACAGGACCUGCCGAUUCUCAAAGCGCCUGAGGAGACUACGGACGAGUAUGCCGACAUGCCACAGGAAGCCGUAUGGAUCUUGGACCAGGUUGGAGAGCUGGAGGGGCAAUUUACGGAGCUGAACUCGAAGCUUCAGGAGUUGGAGGUGAGCCAUGCGACCGCCAGGAAGCUGAAGAGUCAGUACGCAGAAGAUGCCGGCACUUGUUUUGCGGCCAUGAUAGAGCUCUCAAGCCGCGUAACCGCCCUGACGGAGCAGCUGAAGGCUUCUCAAGGUACAGCUGGCGCUCUUCGAGGAAAGCUGGGUCAGGCAAUUGGCAACACCCAGCGGCUUCAGAAGCAAGUUGCAGAGGGUCACAGUGUCGCAAUGCGCCUGAAGGAAAAGCUCGCCUCCGCGCGUGCCAUCGCAGAGCGCUACAAAGGUGAUUGGGAGGCGGUCACGGAGGAUCACACCCAGCUCCGGGCACAACACGAGAGCCUUUCGAAUGCCAAGUUCGUCUUGGAGAAAGAUGCGGCUGCACACAAAGGUCAACUUGCCAAGGCCGACGCGAGCCAAGUUGAGCUUCGCGGCGAAUUGGACCGUGCGGAAGAGCGGAUCGAGACCUUGGCCGCCGAAAGCAAGGCCAAGGAUGCCUCCCUUCGAGAGCUGCAGUCAGCGCUGGCUUCAGAGAAGGAGGCAGCCUUGAAAGCGCUCCCACCUCCUCCUGAUCCCAUGGCCAUCCGCACAGAGGCCGCGACGGUGGCACGUCUGGUGGUGAAAGAUUGGCUCAGGACGGCAGCACCCGAGCCGACGCCUACCGAGCCGCCUCCGGCCGAGCCGACCCCGAUGGAUUUUGCCGCAGCCCAGGCAUCGUCCGCCGAGCUGGCAGAGCUGCGAGCCCAGCUACAGGAUUUGCAGCUGGCGAAGGAAGCUGCUUCUUCGGAUGCAUCGUCCCUUCGAGCACAGCUGGAGCAGGAAAAGGCUGCUGCCUUGCAGCUUGCAGAAGCAGCGCGGGAGAAGGAGGCCUCUCUGCUGAAGCUGUCGGAGGAGAGCCGGGAGAAGGACCAGACAAUCCAGAAGCUUGCGGAUGCGGCCCAAGAGAAGGACGUCUCCCUGCAGAAGCUCUCAAGCGACAGCCGCGAGAAGGAUGCCACCAUCCAAGAGUUGCAAGAGGCCUUGGAGUUGCAAAAGGAGCGAGCGCGAUCCCAGGCGGAUGCCAGCGAAGAUGACCUCCGCAAAGAGCUGGCGCGCGUCGAAGAGCAGCUGGACGAGCUUGCCAAACAGGGCCGAGAGAAGGACGCAGCCUUGCAGCAGCUUCAGGAGAUGGCUGAGGCCGAGAAGGCGGAUGCCCAGUCCAAGGCGGAAGCAAGCGAAGCGCAGCUUGCUGCCGAGCGGAAGAGAGCCGAAGAGCAGCUGGAGCAAAUCACCGGAGAGAGCAAGGCAAAGGAUGCCUCUCUCGAACAGCUUUCGGCAGACAUGGAGGCAUUGAAGGCCAAGGCUCAGGAGGACCACGCCCAGGCUGCGGCGAGCCAGGAGGAGCUUCGCGGCGAGCUCUCCCGCGCUGUAGACGAGCUGGAGCAAGUCUCUAGCCAGAGUCGGGAGAAGGAUGCGCUUAUUCAGCAGCUGCAAGCCGCUUCAGAAGCGGAGAUGGCCACCGCCCACAGCAAUGCGGAGGCAGAUGCCGGGCGUGAGCAGCUCAGCGGCGAGGUGUCGCGGUUGAACGCGGAACUCGAGCAGGCGGCCACGGCGAAGAAGGAGCAAGAUGCCUCUCUGCAGCGGUUGCAGGCAGAGUUGGAUGCCAGCGCCAAGACCCAGUCAGAGGCCGAUGCUCAAGGUGAGCAGAUGAAGGGCGAGAUAGCUCGCUUGGAGGAUGACAACUCAGAGAAAGACUUUGCUUGUGAGAUUUUUCACCGUUUUCCUCCAUGCUGUGUUGCAAUUAGCUGGCUGGAACUCACGGACGCAAGCAUGGAUCCUACUUCGGGCGCCGUGGAAGUUGUCGCUGCCACGGAUGACACCGAAGGUGCAGGCAGUGACGACAACGCAGGUGACGACGAGAGGUAUGCUAAGGCGGAAAGUGUCAGUGACAACAUACCCAAGAUGAGUGCAGACAGACACACCGACAUGGAGGAGAUGAUUGUCGGAGUCCUCAGCAGGAUGAAGCCCGUCAGGCCCGACAUCGUUCGGGCUGUGCGGGCCGGCCGAGUGACGUUCUGCUGUGGACGCGCCUUGCGAUCCUCCAGGAGAAGAAGACCUGGUGGCUUCCAGACAAGUUUUCAGACAGGCAAGAUUGACGAGUUCUGGAGCCACAGCUGGCAUGGCAGCAGGUGGAGCAAGAUCGUGACAGUCACAUACCUCAACAACGGACUGAUCGCUCCGCUGAUCGCGUCGGUUUGUGCAAUGAUCUCUGCAUCCUUGUUCGUCGCUGGAGUGCUUCCUAUGGCAUUUUUCGAGGCAACUCAGAAGCCCCCUUACAUAGCACAGUAUCCUUUGGUGUCCUACUGGUCUAAAGCUACUGGCUUCGCAGUCUAUUGCUUCGUUCUGCUGCUUUGGCAACGAAGAAAGGGGAUCUUCCUUGAUACGUUGUGCAUCAAACAGGACGAUAACAAGUGGAAGGCCUUGGCGCUGCUCAGUAUGCCUGCUUUGCUUAAGUCAUCAGAUUCCCUGCUUGUGCUCUGGGAUCCAACCUAUACACGGCGUCUUUGGUGUUGCUUCGAGAUCGCAGCCUUCCUGCAUUCCCGCCCACCCGGGCAGAAGCCGAAAAUCAGAGUCCGACCGACGCUUUUGGGCGUUGGUUUCAUCUCCAUGCUCGUGGCACUGGCUAGUCUUCUGCUGGCUCUAGCAUUUGUUCCAGCCGGUGAAGACAAAGAACUGGCCCGGUUGGAAGUCAUGUGGCCGCUGAUGGCGGGUUGUAGCUUCGUGGCAUUUUACUUCAGUGUCAUGAAACUCCGUGAGUUCUUCCGUUUUGUGGAGAUGAUGGAGAGUGAGUUACAACAGUUUCGAUUAGACAGCUGCUCGUGCCAAUGCUGCGACACAAACCACAAGUAUUCGCAGACGUGCGAUCGUCGGAUCCUGAAGAUCUGCAUAACCAAGUGGUUCGGCAGCAUCGACCUUUUCGAAGACCUUAUGCGUUCCGAAGUUUUGGCCUGCCUCACCGAACAGCUCGCAACGAGCAUUCUGACUUAUCGGGAGUUUGUAGUCAUGUCUCUGCCCAUUUUCUGGCACCACCUGGACACCGCUUCCGAGCCGCUGGACUGGUUCCUCCGGCCAACAAGCGGUCACACCGCUUAUCUUCACAGGGAGCUCAAGGCGCUCGCUCGAGAAGUGCUUCGAGGCAUUGGGUGGUCAUUUGCUGCCUUGCCCAUACUCUUCCUGGUGACCUCGAGGCUUUCAUGUUUGUUGCGACGCCGCAUCGGCCAAAGCAAUGCUGCCAAGAUCUGUUGGGAUGUGCUCAUCAUUUGUGGCAUCCUCCUGGUCGCCAUAAGCCUCUUCGUGGCCUUCUUGGUCUUAGAGCAGCUUUGCACCCUUGAGCUACCAGGACCCGUCGUUUUCGACGCAAUCCUGUUUGCAUGCGCGUUCUUGCUCUUCAGAGUUCUCCCUGUUCCCAUGCGGCUGAAGGCUCAAGCGGGACAGGAGCAUGAAGGCCACGGAGCAGACAUUUCUGCGUCUCCAGGGGAGAUGGAGGUGUCAGAGCCCGCCGAACGAACUCACAUCCAGCUCUGA